AUGUUUCUUUUCUUUAUAUAUUUGUGUAUAUGCAUACUGUUAACUUCAUUAUUUAUCUUUGUUUUAUGUAAAAUACAGAAGAAAAUUAGUUAUAGUCGUCGAUUCUUUUCGUAUUUCAAACGUCAAGCAUAUGAACCGAUUAAAAUUAAACGAUUUGAUGACUCUAGUAUAGGGUUUAUGUUAUCUGAUUUAAAUCAAAAUGGUAAAGUUGCAUUAGCUCACUUCGAUCAUUAUUACAGUGAAACUUAUGGACCAGUUGCUUGGCGUUCAAUGCGUAUAGCUCUAUUAAUGCCAUCUAAAAAAGCUAUUCUCUAUAAUCGUUAUUUUCCCAAUAUUAGUGAAACAAUUUCAUCAUUAUGUGAUCAUGAUAACCAGUCAUUUUUACCAACCGUAAACUUUAUACAAACAUUAAUUAAACAUCAAAACUCUUUGACAAAUAAUGUAUUCAAUGCUGAUAAGAAUCCAAAUAUUAUUGAUGAGGUUAUCAAUGUAACACAAUCUGAUUCACGUCGUAGACAAUUUUUAACACGUUACUGCCCAUCAGAUGAAACUAUGGAUACAACUAAUCUUAAUGAAUUUAUACCAUCAACUGAAUUAAUUAGUGAAAAUGAAAUGUAUACAAGAGAAUGUGAUACAGACUUUACAUUUUAUUCUAAAGAUUAUUAUGGUAUGAUUAAAGCAGAUGAAGAUGAUUCAUCUGAUUUACAGUCAUUGAAAGUGUUAACGGAAAAAUUUCAUAUACCUGAGAAGUUAUAUAUUAAAUGUUCACUUCCUGGUAAAUUGGUUACAAUACCACAUCCAACUUAUUUAAAUGGACAAUUUGAUUUUCAUACAAUAGAUUUAAGCUCCGUUAUAACUAUUUUAGCAUUGAAUUUACAAAAAAAUGAUAAUAUGGUUAAUAUGUCUACAUUUUCUGGAACCAAAUCAGUUAUUGCACUACAAACUGGUUUAUUAAAUCGUUUAAUAUGUGUGAUACGUACUCCAUCUCGUACUAUUCAUGUUCAGCAAAUGAUCAACACUUUUAAAUCGUUUGGAAUUAAUCCUGAAGAGAAUGAUGAACAAAACAAUAAUACUAAAAUCGACUUUGUUUAUUCAAAUAAUGAAUUGGCUGGUUAUUUUUCUGAUAAUAUUGAUAAAGAAUAUAAAUUUAAUAAGAUUUUAGUCAAUGUUCCUUGUUCAGCUGAUCGUUACGCAAUCACAUCUGGUGCUACUCACGUUUUUGAAAAGGGACAAGCUCGUGUACGUGCUCAUUUAUCGACAAUUCAGUUAAAUCUUCUCCGUCAAGCAAUGGAAUUAUGUCAACCUAACGGUUAUGUUGUCUAUUCAACGUCAACAUUAUCACCAAGUCAAAAUCAAGAAAUCAUUCAAUCAUUUAUACUGAAUCAUUCAAAGAAUAUUAAUUUUGCCUUGAUCAAUUUAAAACCAUUGUAUGAUUUAUUAACUGUUUGUUAUUCUAAAUUAGGUAUAAAAGUUAUUCCGAUUUAUUUACCUUUAUUUGAUAAUAAUAAUAAUAUGAGUAAAAAUAAUCAUAAUAACAAUCUAUCUUCAAAUAACACUUGUCAUGGUUUAUUAAUUAUUCCAUCUAUAUCGUGUAAUUAUGGACCAACUUUUAUUGUUAAAUUUAAACGUCUCCCUUAAUUGAUUUAUUUCAAUUGGGUAGGUUUGUUGCUAUGUAAAUUUGUUUAUGAUAUUUGUAAAUAUAUACUUUAGUAAUAUUA